AUGAUGGAAAAUAAUGAUAUUGAAAUUACUCUUAAAAUUUUCUAGGAUCUUAUGCUUGAUGAUAUUAGUGAAAAAUAAAAUUAAAAUUGUAAAGAAUAAAAUAAUGAGAAAUAAGAAUAUUAAGAAAUGAAAAAAACUAUACCUAAAUAAUUAUAAUAAGAACAAAAACCUGUAUAAGAGAAAUAAUCAAAUAUAAGUGAAUUAUCAAAAUAAUUAGCUGAUGCAUUAGGAGAAGAUUUUAAAUAAGUACAUGAUGGUAUGAAAAGUAAAUUAUUUUAUAAUUAUGGUGCUAAUUAAACAAAAGAACUACUUUCAAAUAAUUAAUCAAAUGUUUAAGUUAGUAUACCUUAAUAGUUCAAAUGCUAAUAUAACAAAUACAAAUAACAAUAUUAAAUCUAGUAGGGUAACUAUAUAAAAUACUCCUAAAACUGA